AUGCAGACUCCAAAACCUAGGCCUGGAACGUUGGAGGUGCCUCAGAAGAAGUCUCCUGCGGCAACUCCUAGAACUGCUCGUAAGCUCAAAACUGCAGAAAGCGACACUGUUUCGUCUCCAAACCCAAAGAUGAGGACACCGAAGACUCAAAGCCCGAAAGUAGUUGCUGAUCGUCGUUCUCCAAGAACCCCUGUUAAUGAGAUUCAGAAGAAGCGCACAGGGAGAACACCCCAAGUGGCAUCUCAGAUAUCUCAGCUGCAAGAUGAGCUAAAGAAAGAAAAGGAACAGCUUAGCGCUUCAGAGGCUUUAGAGAAGGAAGCUCAAGAUGAAGCAGAGGAGACAAAAGCAGCAUUUGAUGGAGAUCAACGCCUCUGA